AUGAAAGUGGCUAGGGGUAUCGUCCUCCAAGUUAUCCAAAUGCUCUGCUCUGAAAAAAGUAAUUCAGUUUAUAAGACAGUCAAAGUGGAGGAUCCACUACCAAGUACAAAUGAUGUUCACAUAUACUAUCCCAACCAAUCAAAUCGUUUCAAUCUGAUAAAUCCAGAGGAUAUUGAACACCGUGGAACAGUAUCAGAAAGUGUCAUUUCGUUGACAGAGAAAUGGCUAGCAUCUGCCGCCUCGUUGUCCAUGAAUCUGCCCACAAACAUCGGCCGUUUAGGGUGGGGAAGAAGUGAAUUUUGGCUUUUCACCAUUACGACAACUGAUGACACACCAAUAAACACAUUUCUUGAUGAAUCAGGUGGAGGUAAAGAGCAGAAACAAUCAGAUAUGGAAGUAGAGAAACGUGCUCAAAUAUUGAAUUGA